GGUCUGAUGCCACUGGUGCUUGAUUGACGGCUGCCAUAUCAUAUCAUAUCAUAUUGAUAAUACCAAACACCUCACGGGAUCUGCAGGUCGACAAGCCUCAUCACAACUGCGCAGUCGGGCGCCACGCCUGCAAAAUGUCUGAAAACCAACCCCACAGGGGAAUCGUCAUUGUUGGCGCCGGUAUCAUCGGCCUCGAUGUCGCCCUGCUGCUCUGUGAAAAGGGCUUUGGCCCAUGUAUCACAAUUAUCGCCGAGUACAUGCCUGGCGACACGUCCCCAUCGUACUGCUCUCCGUGGGCCGGCUGCAACUUCUCCGCCAUCUCGGGCACUGACGCCAACGCCUUGAAGUGGGAUCGUGAAGGAUACAAGUACCUGCGGGAGCUAUGGGCCAAGCACGGCAAAGACGCCUACGUCCAGCGGACGCCAUCCGUCGAGUUCUGGGACGAGCAGAUCCCCAGCGACAAGAUCAAGUUCAUGUCCGAGUACCUCGAAGAUUUCAAGAUCCUCCCUACAUCUGAACUCCUGGCAGGAACAUCCUUCGGCAUAUCUUUCUCGACGUACACCAUCAACGCACCAAAACACAUCGCCUACCUGGCCGGCCGUCUACGCAACCAGUACGGCGUAACAUUCCUCCGCAAGACCCUGCCAGACAUCUUCUCUGCGUAUGGCCCAUCCACGCGGCUCGUGUUCAACUGCACUGGCGCGGCAGCCCGUACCCUGAAGGGCGUCGAGGAUGGACUGUGUUAUCCGACGCGCGGACAAGUGCUCCUCGCACGGGCGCCUGCUGUCAAAAAGAACAUGAUGCGGCAUGGAAAAGACUUUGAGACGUAUAUCAUCCCCAGGCCCGGGACUGACGGCCAUGUGGUGCUGGGAGGGUACAUGCAGAAGAUGAACAGCGACCCGGCGACAUACGUCACCGAAACGGCUUCGAUCCUGGAGCGCACAAAAGCCCUGAACCCAUCCGGCCUCGACAGCACCGCGAACCCCGCAGCUGGCGUCGAAGUGCUCGCCGCGUUGACGGGCGCACGGCCCUCGCGCGAAGGCGGCGCCCGCAUUGCGCGUGAGGAACUGCUCAUGGGUGAUGGCGAAGAGAACAAGAGGGAAGUUACGCUUGUGCAUAACUAUGGCGCUGGCGGUACGGGGUUUCAGGCCGGGCGUGGGAUGGCUGUUGAAGCUGUCGCGCUUGUGGAGGGGGAUGUGCUGAAGGGGCUGGCGAAGCCAACAGCUGUGGCCAAGCUCUGACACGUGAAAGAUUUUACCUCAUACUUCAAGCUAUCAAAGUGGUCUCGCGAGAUCUACAGCAUCAGUAUGGAGUCUAGUAAUUGUUCCUGAACGAGACAAAACUGCAC